AGUAAGGUGUUAUUAAAGUGCACUUUUCUCACAUGCAGUAGUGUGUUUUUUUUUUAGUGAACCCUCAACUUUGACCUUAAAGUUUUCACGUCUCUUUAGUUAGAGAGGGUAUUUAGUUAUUCAAUUAGUAGUUUUCUCAAUAAGAGAACUUCAAAAUUUGAUACGGAUAAACAGUCCGGCAUUUAGAAGCGUUACACAAUAUCAAUAUUACCUUUCUACGGUCAAAGUCAAAAUACAAUUUAGCUAGUGUGCGUCAUUUUACUUCGUCAUGGCCUUGCUCUUUCGGACCUUAUUUCGAGUUAAAUCAUUCUCAAAUGGUUAUUCAGUCCAUUACAAUGUAAGUUUUAAGUUAAUUCUAAUUAUUAGUAUAUUUAUUAGUCAAUCAGUGCAGCGACACUUCUUCGCCAAUCCAAUUGACAAUUGAAAUAUUAGCACUCUCUAAUGAUAAUGCACUUUAACACUCAUCCAAAUAAAAACAAACCAUACGCCUCAGAAUAAAGGAAUGAAUUUGAUAAACAAUUAUCCUUCUUAGGUACAUAUAUAUCAGGGGUAGGAAACUUGGUGUGUACAUUUUUACGUGGAUGACAAUAAUUAUAAAUACUAUCUUUUAAGUUUUAAUCCAAUGACCAAUGAUAAUUAGCCAUAAAUUACAGUUGUUUUUACAUGUAAACAUAUAUGCUUACCAAUUUGAUAAAUCAAUGACGUUAACAAAAUGUGGGUGUAUUUACAUACACGUGAAUAUCAAAACCCAAUCAUUUUACACACUUGAAAAUUUAAUUUUGAAAAAUAGAGAUUGGUUAAGAUUUUCUUUCAAUUUUUGUGUUUACAUCGAAAAGUAAAGUGGGUAUAGUGUAUAUUGUUAUGAGAUUAGUAAAAAAAUUUAAGUUACAGACUUGAAAACGGUUAAGAGAUACUUUUUAAGGUAAAAGAAUUCUCCGUUUUCCGAUUUUCGCAAAAUGUAUUAGAGAACACAGGCAAAAGUUUGGUUAAAUUUUAAUGAAGUUAUUAAUGUACAGGGGUCUCCAAACUUUUCAGCCCGAGGGCAGCAUUAACUAUAAAACAGCAGUUCGGGGGCCGACAACACACUCGAGUUGUAAAUAAAAAGAAUUUAAAAAAACGGAUGUUGUUUUUAAUUAUUGAUUUAAUAUUAUUUUAUUCAGUUAUUAUUUAAUAACACAUUGAUACACUUCACAUGAACACAUGUAUUAGUAGGAAUGGUGAAAUUGUUUCCUGGAUGCCAAAAUAGCAGGGCAGACAUUUCUUGCUUUAGAUUUGAUGUCCCCCACAUCAACAGUGACCUAAAAUUAUCAUAGUUCAAGUUUGUUCUCAAAUUGUUUUUCACGUAUUUCAUUCUUGAAAAUGUUUGUUAACACAGGUAUGUUGUUCCAAAGAUUUAAAGGUACUUUGAAGCAAAAGUUUUGACAUUAGGAAAGUCUUUCUGGGGCAAAAACUGGUAAAACUCACCAGUCCUUCUUUGAUCUGGUCCAUAAGAAGGUCAUUAGCUUGCAACUCAAUGACCUCCAGUUGCAGUUCAUCUGGUCCUGGGCAACUGGCCACAUCUGCUUCAAAUGGGUUUUGAAACAGUCUCACUUCUUCUGCCUUUGAAUCCAAGUCAGAAAAUCGCUGCUGAAACUGCAUCAGGAGGUCUUUGAUGAUCUCGCAUGCAAAUGACGUGAGGAACUCCGCUGUUGCUUCAGCCAUGAAGACCUUGCACUGCUGAAAGUGCCUCAAGUUGUUGGCCUGUACUUGUUCCAAAAACAAGACGAGUUUGGAUGUGAAGGCCUUUAGGUUAGUGUAUAGAUCAGAAACUAGAUUUUCCUCUCCUAGGCGUCGAAAAUUAGGUUCAGAAAAUUUAAAUGACUAGUUAUGUCUGCAGCAAAGGCCAAUUUCCAUACCCACUCUUCACCAGACAAUAAUGGCUGUGGCUUGCCUUUACUUUUCAGGAAAUCACCUAUUUUUUUUCUUAAUUUAAAUACUCUGCUCAAAAUUUUCUCACAACUUAGCCAUAUUACUCCUGCUGUGGAAUAUGGUGAAUCUUACGAUUCUGUAUCUUUCAACAGGUCUCUGAACUGUCUAUUGUUGAGCCCAUGUGACCUUAUUAAAUUCACCAUCUUCAUCAGUGCAUUAUUAAUGUCCACAUAUUUAGCACACAAAGCUUGCUGGUGAAUAAUACAAUGCAGGAACAUUGGUUGUAGAAUGUUUUUCAAUUACACAUCUGCUUCACUUGUCCAACCAAGUCUUUCUUUUUGUCACUCAUGUUAUUUCCUCCCCCAAAAGUUAGUCCAGUCCAAUUUAUAAUCAGCAAAUGUAGGCAACUUUAUAAGUGGUCUUAGUUAAGGAUUCAUUUUCAUUUGAGGAUUUACUGAACAAUGUCCUCUGAGAUGUGAGUUGAUUUUGUAAUUUAGAUAAUUUUUGACACAAACUUUACCCUCCAACUGUGCAUAUUUCUCCUAAUGUUUGCUUUGAUGAUGACGGCACAGAUUCUAUUUUUUCAUCACGGCCACGGUUUCGUUGCAAAUCACACACAAUGCUUUCUCGCCGGAUUUGAUGAAGAAUUAUUUCAAACUACAUUCGUCUUGAAAUUCCCGACACUCAUCAUUUAUUUUUCUUCUCGUCUUCUCAGCCAUCAUUGGGCUCUAAAAUAAAAUGAAUACAACAUGAAUAAAUAGUGAAAAUAUCGCUUAAAAAACCUGAAUGUGCGAACUAAUUUUGUUGCAGUUAUAGCUGCAAAUGAUCCGAAACAAUUUAAAAAAAUUCGUAUGAUUUCUUAAGUUAAACUUACCUGAAUAUAGUGUGCAAAUAUAUCCACUUAUGGUAGAGUGAUUGUUGCUUUUAAUGUUUCCUCUUUAGAAUAUUAAAAAGAUUCAUACUAAACAACGACAUUCCCAAUACUUUAAACACACUGAUAAGUAAUUAUGUGAAGAAAAUUAUCACUAAAUAAAAUAGAGUGCAACAUAUUUCGCAAUCAGACGCUAACUAACACCAGCACCUCCUUAUCGCAGCAGUCAAACGCAACUGGCAAACUGUGAUGAAAAGAAUCAAGUCUUAAACAAGCAGCAAACCAUUUAAAAACUCAGCCACUAUAUGGCGUUAUAUCAUCUAAUUGACCGAACGGAAGUAAAAAAAUAAGCAGUGAAUUAGGUUUUGCAAUGUACUGUUCGGAUAGAAAACAUAACGCACUACUGAGUACCUCUAUUUCAAUUCGAUAAAAAUGUAACGUCCAUGUAAACGGCGGCAGGAUAAAUGUACAUUUCCAUAAUUUUAUUCGUAGACUAAAUGGUCUCCAAGGGCCGCAUGAGAGGGUCUCGUGGUGGGCUUUGAAGACCCCUGAAUUAGUAUAUAAAAUUCCAUUAAUAUAAACUAGAGUUUUUUUUGUUGUUGUCAUUUUAAGAUUAAGUUUUCACAAUUUUUAGGGGGAAAAAAAUUAGUUUAGGGGCACAAAAAGUGGUAGGCUCGGCCUAACAUUUAACAAUUUAAAAACAAAUGACAGCUAAAGUAUUUCUCUAGCAUAGAAAUCAGCCAACAAUGAACUCCUUUAGAGAAAAUAAUGAUUUAAUUAGUGAUCAUUUAGACUUUGUAAUUUAAGUGUAGGCAUGUAAUAUAUGAUAUAUAGCAGAAAAAUAAUUUUUAAAACUUUUAAUGAUGUUAGAAAUGUAAACAUUAUUACAUAGAUUCUUUUUUUUAAAAUUCUGAAUAGUGAUGAGUUUUCGCAAUAGCAGGUAAUUUAUCGCAAAGCGUCUGCCAUUAUCAUCUCAAUAACAUCGGAUGAUAUUUUCUAAUCUUAAAUAUUAGUUUCAGGUGACCAUGCAACAUUUGUUUCACCCGUCCUCGACAUUAUCAAAUUGAAGUUGUUGAAAUGAACAUAUUCAUUAUUCACUACAACAUUACCAGUCACAUAUUUUACAUUAUAUAUCUACUAUGAUUCAGCUUUUCAGAUAGUUAAAAGGUUUGGUGAUGUAUGUCUAACACAAAGUGUAGUUAUAGUCAAUUUCAUCACAUUGAUGAUGAUGAAAAUUUUAAAAUGCACUUUGACAGAGCAGAAAAUGUUAGUGGGGUCUAAUUAUUUUAUAGGGACUUCGUAAAGUUUUUGUUGUAUGUUGUAUUCUUUAUUCUACAAAUUAUUUAUUUGAAGUAAAAUUAUUAGGCUAAUGACCCAUGAGCAGAUGCCUACUCAAAAUAGCAAUAUUUAAAAAAAAAGGGUUUUCUGUAACUUUAAACAUAAAGAUGUAGGUAACUGCAUCAAAAAAUUAUUAACUUAAAAAAAUAUGAUGUUAAAAUCAUUAAAACUAAAAAUUUAAAGUUGAUACUUUUAAAAAUAUAUAUUAUAUAAGGUCUGUUAUGGUUUACAUGCUACUGUCAUUUUGAACUAUUUUUUAGGACACAUGUAUGAAUUGUUUUCGAGAAAUAAGAAAGUCAACCAUUAAUUCUACAAGAACUUUUCACCAUUUGCAAUCUGGUAUUUCCAAGGGACUUAAAUUGGUAUGUAUUAUAUUAUAAAUUAUGAGUAUUUGGAGAAAUCUAAGGCAUUCCAGAAUUAAUUAUCAGAUGUAGCGGUAAUGAAUGACAAAUUGUUACAUUAGACUAUAAUACGUUGACAGAAAAUAAAAUCAAGUUCCUAGACUUAAUUUAGAGGUGGCUGUCAGACAGCUACAUUAAAUGUUGCAACCCGCCAGAUGUAUAAAAAAUUAACUUAUUUCUUUAUUCAAUUGGCGGUUGUUUUCAUUCUUGGCAUAAACACACAUUUGAAAUAUAUAAACAUCACUUUUUAGUGACAGGAUGUGCCAUUUUGGUGUACCAGCGCCUCUUUUGGACUGAUUUUAAAAAAUAGAUUGAAAGAAGCAAUCUUAAAUUAAAAAUUGUAAACAAUUUUACUGUUUAGUAAGAACUAAAAUUAAAGGCUUUAUAUAAACACAGCUAGGUAAAGGAAACCACAUUGUCCACAAGCAUUUCCUAUAAAGUGUUGUAGUAUGGUGCAAAAAUAAAUUCAGGUAUACACCAAAAACACAUCCUUGUUUUUUUAAUUUUACCCCCGUCCCAGAACCCCAGUUCCACUUUCGCCCAGUUGAUUUUGGCAGUCGUCUUCGAUUUCCUCUUCCCCACCUCCAUAUAGAGAAACAUAUGCUGCUUAUUUUACCCCCUUCCUAAGGCACUGUAUACAAUAUACUGUAUGUUUGUUUAUGUACUCUUACGAUAGGUUAUUGUAUGAUUUUGAGAUUGAAAAUAAGAAGGAAAUAGACAACAAACAUCUAAAUUUAUGUUGUGGGAAAAAAUGAAAGAAAAAUUAGUAAAAUACUUUUUCUAUUUUCUUGAUCCGGAAUAUUUUGUCCAUGGCUAAUUUCAUUGUCUCCAGAGGAAAGUUGGCCAAGAAACAAAAACUAUUAUCGGUAGUAUUUUGUGUGUGAGGUUAAACUUGUAAUCAAAAUUCUUUGCAUUAUUUUCAAAAAUAGUUUUUUUUUCUAUUUUACAGAUAUUGGUUCUAAAUAUGCUAUACUUUUUUAUCAAGACAAAGUUAAAUUUAAAAGUUUGUUUCUUGUGUUUUCUAUAUUGAUUUUAUUAUAUAAAACUUUGUAGAGACCAAAUUCUACUCUGUUUGCAUCUGUAAGAAGCACACUAACAGAAGCCCUACCAAAAGGAUUAUCCGAGAGAUCUCAGAAGAUAGUGGGCACAUGGCUUGUUGGAUGUGCUGGAAUGUGUUUUGGUGCAGUCAUCUUGGGGGGAGUGACAAGGUGAUUUGACUGCAGUCAUUUUAUAGUAACACUGCAUGUUUCAACAGAAAAUUAACACAAGUAUUUUUACACAUCUUCAGAGAUAUGCUAUUUUUAUAUUUUGUAAAGCUCUAGAAAGUGUUAGAACUGAGUAUAUGGGUAAAAAAAAAUUUAAAAACCUUUUUUGCUGGGAUUCUGUUUGGAGUUGAAUAUUUUUUCCAAGUACUAUCAUCAUUUACUAAGGCAUAUUUAUUUAUGCAGAAUAUGAUAAUGAUGGAAAGGCUCCAUUAUUCUUUUCACUUUUACAAUAUUUAUGAACUGCCAGCUUCAAAAUUUUGAGGUGGUUCCUGUCACCCAAAAUACUGUAGCACUUUAAAAAAAUUCAAUACUGUGAUGAGCCACAUUAGCUUUAUCAAAAUAAAUUUCUCCCAUGUCAACAAAGUGGAAAUAUUCAGUUGAAUUUUUAAAGUUUAAGUGAAGUGGAUUACUCAAGAACUGAAAGUUCAUUCUUUUAAUCAUUGUUGUAAAUUAUAUUUAAAAAUUAUCCUUUAAAGGCAAUAACAGUUUUUUAGUGAAAUAUUUUCUAUUUUAAAUUUUAAUAGCAUUUUAUUAUUUAUCUAUACUGUUAUUACCUUUGUCUUAUGUAUCAAUGGGAAAUAAGUUUGAGAAGAAAAAGGUAGUAAACAUUUUUUUUUCUGGUAUAAAAUUAAUUUAUAAUUUUUAAAUAAUUCUUAGAUUAACAGAAUCAGGUUUGUCAAUGGUGGAUUGGAAGCUAAUAAAAGACAUGAAACCCCCAAGAUCAGAAGCUGAGUGGGUUGAAGAGUUUGAAAAGUACAAACAGUUUCCAGAAUACAAAUAGUAAGAUUUUGUUUGAAAGGAUAACAUUCUAAACUGGUUUCUGGCAACAGAGAUACACAUAUUGUUAAACAGCUUAUACAAAGGCCUAAAAGAUAACUCUGUGUGUGAGUUGGACCAUACAAUUUGCAGUUAAUUUUAAAUUUAACAUUCUCAUAAUUUAGCAGUUAAUACUGGAUUUACUGAUUAAAUUAGCAUCUUCAUAAAGUAACUGUUUCAAAACACUGGUUAUCAGAAAAGGAAUUGAGUCUUAUUUUCCUGAUAAAAAUCAUAAGACUAAUCUUGUUUUAUCAUUAGGUCAGUGUUCAUGAUAUGAAAUAAACUGGCUUAAGGGUAUCAAUAAUUACAAAAUUAUUCUGAGCUAUGUGUAAAAUAAGAGUAAUAUUUAAAAAACAAACCAAAUAAAAAAAAACAAACUGAAAUAAUAUUUCUCUCUCUAUAUAUUAUAUAACACUACUUCUCACUCAUUCAUUCCUACAGCAUGGCUAAAGAGAAGGAGAUGACCCUUUCUGAUUUUAAAUUCAUUUAUUACAUGGAGUGGGGUCACAGGAUGUGGGGGAGGGCCACUGGACUGGUCUUCUUAUUCCCAGCCUUGUAUUUUCUCCGUAAAGGUUGGAUUUCAAAAGCCUUGAAGCCACGUUUAGCUGUGUAUGGUGGACUCCUGGGCUUUCAGGUUGGUCAGUUGGGGAGCAAGUUAUGUAUGUGAUACAUGUUGCCUCUGAUUAUUUUAGAAAUAAAUAAUUGUAACAUAUUUAAAUCUCAAUUUUAUAGCAUUCAUAAUUUUAAGUUGUUCACUCACAUUAUUUCUGCUUGAUGUGUUUGGCUGUAGUCAUCCUAUUUAUUCAUAUUUAUUACAUAAUAUUUGAAAAAAAAACUUUUUAGGGUUUUCUAGGCUGGUUCAUGGUCAAGAGUGGCUUGGAGGACAAACCUGGUCCUAAUGAUGUCCCCAGAGUUAGCCAGUACAGGCUGGCUGCACACCUGGGUUCAGCUUUUUUGCUCUACACACUUUUUCUCUGGCAAGGUUUUUCACACCUGUUGGUGCCUAUUAAGGUGAGUUAUUCCUUUUUUUGUUUUAUCAUAGGCUUAAGUGGGAAACAAGAAGAGAUAUUUAGAAAAACUACUGACUAUUCAAAUGCUAGAUACAUUAUUUUAACUGUGUGCCAUGUGUCUGUCAUGGCAGAUAAAAUAGAAGCACAUGUGAUCUGCUUAAAAGGACAUUGAUCACACAUUUAUUUAUUUAAGGAAAAAUAAGUACUGGAGAACUUGUAAUGAUUUUAAAUUUAAAGUAACAUCAUUAUUUUAAUAACAUGCAAGUGAUUUUGUUUAUUUGGAAAACAAUGAAAGACAGGAAUAUGUUAAAGACUUGACUUAAAAAGUUUAAAUUAUUGAAUUGAAUAUGACAUCAUCAAAAGGACAUGAAGGUGGGAUGGAUACAUGCAGUAAAAAAUACUGUUGUAACCAGGCAGAUAAUGACAGGGAACUUAAAGAACAAGAGAGCAAUGCAUGCUUUAAAAAAAAAAAAAAGACAUGGAUAAGUGACCUUAUUGAAUUGACAGUCUAACAUUAUGGGAAAAGCAUUGAUAUGGUGGUGACUGAUAUGUUGGUACCUGAAACCGUAGAACUGACAAGUCUAAUGCCUACUGGGAGUCUACAGGAAAACAGAAUUGUUCAGUAUGUCUGUUUUCAAACCCAGAGAUGGAGUCCAGAAGUCGAAUAGCAUAGGUACAAUGAAACAUUCUGACAACUCCUGCGACGCCACUGGUGCCAAGCUGUAUCGUCCACUUGUUGUUCCCUUUGGUUAUCCAUCGGCGGGGAGAGAGGUGAUUUGCUGUUGGGAACCAGCUUAUAAUCCUAGAAGAAUAAUCUCAGGCCUUGUAGAUUUCAUCCUGCGAAGUCUUCACCAUCGUCAAAUUGUGACGGAUGGAUGCCAGAAUGAACUAAAUGAUGUGUUACUGCCAAGGCGGCUAAGAGUUAUCAAAGUUAAAUUAUAGAUUUUUAAAAAGUAUGUUGAUUCAAACAAAUUAAUAUUCAUAUCAUAGCAGCAUGUUUGUGUGGCUUCUUACAGUUACCAGAUGUUAGAAGUGUGAGUAAACUACGAGGCAUGGCUCACGGUGUCAUGACGGCUGUGUUCAUCACCGCUCUCUCAGGUAACAAAACAAGGGCUCAUGUUUGUUUCAUUUGGCUAAUUUAUCUUUCCUUUUUAAUGAUUAUGUUUAAGAAGAUCACAAAAAACAUUAAAACUGAAAAAACCUGUAAAAUAAAUUAACCAUCCUGCCUUGUAUUACAAACCUUAUGAUUGAACAACUCAGGCUAAUUAAGGAUCCCUGUAGCAAUCUAAUCCUUAAAAUGUUGAAGCUUAAGGUUUAUAAUAAAUAACCCAAUGUACAAUUUAUUUGUUUAAAACAAUAAAACCUAACUGCCUUUUAAACCAUCACACCCUUCCCACUAAUUUAUUUAUUCAAUUCUUGUUAUAGCGACGAACUGCAUCACAUGCCAUACACAAAACUUCAUGUCCCUAUACCUAGCAAUACAAGAUUUAAAAAUUAAUACUUGAGCCCAACACGCUCACAAAACUAACCAAACGUUCCCUAACCCUAAACCCACCCACGGAAACAAAGCAUUGAGAUUGCUACCUCAAAAGGUGGAUUUUUAUCAUUUUUAGAUUUUAAAAAAAAAACGCAAUUCUGAUUGCACAAAUGUGAUGCCCACAUAUUUCAUAUGUGCAGGUCAUGUAAAAGAUUGCUUGUAUUACAGGAGCAUUUGUGGCUGGUUUGGAUGCUGGACUCACGUAUAACUCAUACCCAAAAAUGGGUGACAGAUGGUUCCCAACAGACAUGUGGACUGUAUCACCCAAGUGGAAAAAUGUCUUUGAAAACCCGACAUUUGUUCAGUUCAAUCACAGACAUUUGGUGAGUGGCCACAAGACGAUUGUGUCAUUUAAUGUGGUUAAUGUGAUAGGGAUAGUAUGGAGGAAAUUGACGGGACCUCAUGGUCCUUUAAUCUAUGUUAGAGUUGAAUUCCUAUAGUAUUAUUGCUUGUAUUUAUUACCUCUGGGGAUCCCCUUUCUUCAGCCUGAUAUAUUUUUUGUUGUUGGUUAUCAUUAAUGUUAUGAAAGCUGACACACAAAAAUGUUUGCUUCUUAAAUCAAUUUAUUAAAAUUUAAGCUAAUUGCUUACAAAUUAGGUUUCACAAGUAAAGUUUCAGAGAAAUGGUCAAUUAUGGAAAAAAGGAAUAUCUUUUCGUGGGAUGCUUAGUGAUUAAAUACUUAAGUUAUGACAAGGGUUUGAUCAGGACAGAUGAGAGUGAAUAAAUUUAGUACUAGAUAAAAGCCAACUGGGUUUUUAAAAAACUUGGAUUAGUUUGUACUUUUAAAAAAUCCCAUUUUUCAUGGAUCAGGAAGGAUAAAAUUGAAACAUGGCAGUCAUAUGUCUACAUGUCAAAACAAUUUGGGUGUAAUGCUGUCUUUUCUCUGGUAGGCUGAACUGACUGUGCUAUUCAUCACUGGAUUUUGGGUUGUUUCAAGGAAGGCUCCUCUUCACCCCAGAGCACGACUAGCUGUGAAUUGUUUGCUCGGAAUGGCAUUUCUUCAGGUAGGCUGUUGUCACAAGCAAUAUGGCCGUCAAUGGCACAAGCAAUGUGGCCUUUACUUUGCUUGUUGCUUGACACAGUUAAUAUGCUAUUGCUUUCACUAUGUAAUUUGUAAUGACAUUUCAUAAUGUAAAUAGACAUAAAGUCUUACAAUUUAUAUAGUUUCGGUCAUGUCGCUUGUAACGGUGUACAUGAGCCGUGACAUAUGACACAACUUGAGAUAGAGAUAUAAAAAUAAUGCAUCACUUUUGUCUAAGUAUAUGUUCAGACAGACCUGUCAUUAUUAAAGAGGUCUUUGGCUCGGUACACAAUGUCAUUAUUGAGGAAAAUAUUUCUUCAUCUAGACAUGUUAAUAAAUUCAUUUGUACCAGAUUCAUCAUAGAGUUUCUGAACAUCAAACAUACACAAAUAAUGAUAAGUGUUAAUGCCAUAGGGUUAGGCUUUAAGAUGACUUUUCCAAAUCUUUAAAGGAAAAAAAAACAACUCUCCAAUUUUGUUUAGUUGUAAUUUUAUUUGAAUUAGCAAUAUAAAAAGGAAAGUUUUAAUAUAAUUCUAAAAAAAUUUGUAUCCAUUUUUAGAUGUGGUACUUAAAGAGAUAUUGAAUGAAAUCUGUGUACACCCUAAAGCUCAAUGAUCACAUUUUGUCUUUUUGAUAUAGGGAGUUUGGCCAAAGCAUUGGUUAAAUCGCUUUGUGGGAUGGAAAGUUGUGCCAUUAAAUUUACCAGCUAGACAUGCAAAAAUAGCAGUAAACUUAGCAUUAAAUUUACCAGCUUUAAAUUCAAACAUAGGUGUUGACUGUUAACAUAAAAAUCACCUGACGCUGGAAUAAAUUGGGUAGAAAAAAAAUAUAAAUAUUCCGAAACAAUGGAGUUUCUCUUUGCAGGCAACCCUUGGUAUCACCACGCUACUGACAUACGUUCCAACUUCCAUCGCGGCCACACAUCAGUCAGGAUCUCUUGUCCUUCUCAGUCUCGCUGUGUGGAUGGCACAUGAGCUGAAACGUCUCCCUAAGUAAACCAGCACCUUUUGACCCACCCAUGUGAGAAGUGAACCAAUCACAUGAGCAGGAUCAUACAGUUGUCUUUGUUAUAACUCACUCAAAGAAUCACUAGUUCUAAUUUCUGUUAAGAUCUUCAAGAUUGUUCUGCGUUGUUCUAAAAGAAAUCUUGUUGAUGCCAUUGUCACAUCAGCUUCAUUGCAUGGUUAUACAUUUUGAUGUGUUUUGUUGUGAGAGAUUUUACUAAGGAUAGAAGAAACUAGUUAAUUCAACAAUUGAUGCCUAUGAUGGGUUCUUUAUUGGUUGAAGAUGCCCACAAAAACCUAUUGAUAAUGUUUAUUAUGAAUGAAUAUAAUUUACUGUGCUAAUUCAUGGUACACAAAUCCCAUGUGCUGUGACGUUGAAAUGUGUAAUGGAGUUAUCAUUGUUGUUAUGUCGAAAGGUUUUCUUUGCUUUCAUGUUAGCAAUAAAUUAAUAUUGCAUAAAACCUUUCUUUUGGUUUCCUUUAAUUUUAAUAAUGCCA